AUGGAGGCGGCGCUAGUGGAGCGGCUGGAGGCGGCGGUGGCGCGGCUGGAGGCCGCCGUGGCCUCCGGCGCCUCGCUCGCGGCGGCGGCGCCGCGGGACCUCGACGCUCCGGAUGCCCCGUCGGAUCCGGUCAUCGUGGCCUACGACGAGUUCGUCGCGGAGGCCGUCGGGCGGCUCACGGCCGCGGCGGAGAAGAUCGGCGGGAAGGUGCUUGACGCCACCAAAGUGCUCGCCGAGGCAUUUGCUGUCGCCAAGGACCUGCUCGUACAGGCCAAGCAGCUCCAGAAACCAGCAUCAAUGGCUGAUGCACAGGGCUUCUUUAAGCCCCUCAGUGAUGUUAUUGCAAAAGCAACUGCAAUGACCGAAGGAAGGAGACCAGACUAUUUCAACCAUUUAAAGAGUGUUGCUGACAGUCUCCCAGCUUUGGCUUGGGUGGCAUUCUUAGGAAAGGACUGUGGCAUGAGUUUCCCAACAGCACAUGUAGAGGAAAGCUGGCAGAUGGCUGAGUUCUAUAAUAACAAGGUUCUUGUGGAGUACAGAAACAAAGACCCAGAUCAUGUUGAGUGGGCUAAAGCAUUGAAGGAUCUAUACAUGCCUGGUUUGCGGGAUUAUGUUAAAAAGCAUUACCCUCUUGGUCCUGUCUGGGGUCCUGCUGGAGGUGCUGUUGUUUCCCAACCAAAGGCUGCUGCUCCCACACCUAAAGCUCCAGCGGUUAAGGCCCCCCCUCCACCAGCUCCUCCUGCCGCGCCUCUUUUUAGCACAGAGAAGUCUCCAAAAUCUUCAAAGCCUAAAGAAGGGAUGUCUGCUGUCUUCCAAGAGAUUAGUUCAAAACCUGUGACUGCAGGGUUGCGAAAGGUUACUGAUGAUAUGAAGACUAAAAACCGUGCUGAUAGAAGCGGUGUUGUCAGCAGCACUGCUACUACUCCUGCUGCCGCUCCUGAAAAGACUUCUCGUGCGGGGUCCUUCUCUUUCAAAUCUGGACCCCCCAAACUGGAACUUCAGAUGGGACGCAAAUGGGUGGUUGAGAAUCAGGUUGGCAAGAAGACCCUUGCUAUUGAUGAUUGUGAUUCCAGACAAUCUGUCUAUGUGUAUGGAUGCAAGGAUUCUGUCCUUCAAGUAAACGGCAAGGUUAACAAUAUCACUGUUGACAAAUGCACUAAAUUUGGAAUCGUUUUCAAGGAUGUUGUAGCAGCUUUUGAGGUUGUCAACUGCAAUGGCGUUGAGGUCCAAUGUCAGGGUACGGCACCGACAAUAUCAAUUGACAACACAUCUGGAUGUCAAUUAUACUUAAGCAAAGAUUCGCUGGGAGCUUCAAUUACUUCUGCUAAAUCUAGUGAAAUCAAUGUGAUGGUUCCAAGUGGUGGCACUGACGGUGAUUGGAGCUUUUAG